AUGGCUCUUCAGUCGCGAGUCUGGUGGCUUCUGAGGAUCAAAGAGAAUUUCAAGACAAGAUUUGACGCGACUGUACAUCGCAGCUUCCUGUGCUUGUUGGCUAUCAUCGGUAAUGGUCGUGAUGGAGGUGGAAUCGAGGUCGAGAUUGGUUCAGCACCCACUCACCCAGUUAAAAGUGAGCUGAACAAUUCUGAGCUGAAGGACGAGAGAUUGGUGCAGCACCAGCCGACCCCAAACCCGGCGUUCAAGGCUUUUGAUUCGGGGGUCAUCAGAUCGCUUGCAGAGUUUGGAAAGAUUACUAUGCCAUGCUGUGGGUUAGUUUGGAUUCGGCCAGAUGCACAGAUUGAUGCAGUAGUAUACCUGGUGGAUGCCUAUGACAAGGAGAGGUUUGCAGAAUCAAAGAGGGAGCUUGAUGCCCUCCUUUCAGAUGAAGCUCUUGCUAAUGUGCCUUUCCUCAUACUCGGGAACAAGAUAGAUAUCCCAUAUGCGGCUUCGGAGGACGAGCUACCUUGGUAA